CUGACUAUAGAUUGGGAAAUUCAUGGUAAUUGAAAAAAUUAAUGUGAAAUAACAUAAAAUGCCUGAAGAUGAAUUUGUUCAUGAGCUGCUUAUAAAGGAGGUAAAAAAGCAUGAAUUCUUGUACAACAAUGCACACCCAGAUCAUCGCAAACGCCAACUAACUCUACAAACUUGGACGUCAAUUGCGUCUGCCGUGGGAGAAUCAGUGCAUGAGUGCAAAUCCCGAUGGCGCUUUCUGCGAAGGCGAUUCCUGGAGGAAUGUGUUAAAAUAAGUGAGGCAAGGGAAAAAUACAAGUCCAACUGGAAAUAUUUUGAUGCAAUGGCUUUUUGGCAAGGAUUCGUCAGCAGCAAACACAACUUCCUUGAAAGACUUAAUAAUAUGUCAAGGAGAGAUUCGUACUGUCGGACAUGUCUAAGCUCCCUCUCAGAUUCUGCCGACAAGCUGGAUUCCCCAAACGAAAGCUACAAUUUAUUUAAUGCUGAGAAUUUAGAUGUUAAGUUAAUGGAAUGCACAAGUUUAAAAUGCCUUCCUUGGGAUGAUUACCCGCAUUUGGUGUGCAAAAUAUGUUUCAAAAAAAUUUUGGAUUUUCAUAACUUUCGAACGAUGUGCCACAAAUCUAUACAAAAAUUCAAUGAAAUGCAAGAAAAACAAAAGAAAUUGAAUUGCAAUAUUACAGGUUCACAGAUGUCAAAAGAUGCUUUACUAUCGUCUCCUAUAAAGGAAGAACAUUUUUAUGAGGAUUCUUAUAGAUCUGUGGAGAGUGCACACUCUAUUGAUGAAGACGAAAUGGAAAUUUGUAUUGAUCCUCUGGCAGAACAAAAUAUAAAUUUAGAGGAGGACAACGAUACGCAAGAAGUAUCAAGAAACAAAAGUGAUUUGAGAAAAUGUGGACCACGCAAAAGAAAAAGCAUAAUAACCAAAAAUAAAAGAGAGGACCAUAUAACAUCUGAGAAAUGCAAAAGAGAUUCCGGUGCAAUAAAAGGCAAAUGUACUUUGAAAGUUGUUAUAAAUCCAAAUGAUGAAGAUUCAGAUUCAACUGUAAAGGAUGAAGAACAUAUUGACUAUGUGCCUUAUGAAGACAUUUCGGAAUGCGAAUCGUCAACCUCUGAAGAUUCCGAUGCACCCUACGAAGAAAAAACAAUAAUGAAUAAGAAAAAGGAUCCCCUUAAAUGUGAAUUGUGCCAGCAAACCUUUCGCUAUCGCCACCGUUUAGAGGCCCAUCUUCGAAAACAACACCAGGGCUUACAAGCAUAUCCUUGUACUUUCGAGAAUUGUGAUCGCGCCUAUAACCGGUUGGGUGAUUUUCGAAAUCAUAUCAACAAUCAUAAUGGUAUUCCCAACGUUUACAAGUGUGACAUUGAUGAUUGUAACAUGGAGUACACUUGUUUUUCUGGUCUAAACAAACACAAAAGGAAAUAUCACAAAUGCGGAAAAGAACUUAAGAAAUACCCCUGCGAGAUAUGUGGCAAAAUAUUGACAAAUCCCCGAUCCCUAACGGGCCAUCGUUUUAUUCACAUGGAUAAGUCCCAGUGGCCAUUUGUAUGUGAUGAAAAGGAUUGCAAUCGGAGAUUUCGUUUAAUGUCCCAACUGGUUAUACAUAAAAAGCGGCAUGCUGGCAUUAAAAACUAUGUCUGUCCUCACUGUGGAGUGCGUAAGACCACAUGCACUGAAUUGAAAAUUCAUAUUAAUUUUCAUACAUUCGAAAAGAAGUAUCCAUGUGAGUUUUGCGAAAAGGUCUUCAAAAGUGUGGGAAUGAUGAGAACUCAUGUCAAUAGGGUACAUGAGGGUAAAAAACCAAGUGCUACCAUAUUUGCCUGUUCGCUUUGUGAUCGCCAAUUCAGUUCGCUGCAAACGAAGAAAUUCCAUGAAAUGACUCACACAGGCGAGAAGCCUUAUUCGUGUCAGGAAUGUGGUAAGACCUUCACAUACCCCUCCAGUCUGGCAGCGCAUAAAAAUAUGCAUGUGAAAGGCGAAAAUCCAUACGUUUGCGAAAUAUGUGGUAGAAAAUUUAAAUGGCCUUCCGGCUUAAAGGGACAUGUUAAAUUACAUUCUACCGAUUCUAAACCAUAUUCGUGUGAUGAAUGUGGCAAAGGAUUCAGAUGGCCGGGCUCCUACUACCGUCACAAGAAAACACAUCAGGAUGGUGAAAAUACACAUGAGGAUAGUAUCAGCGCCUUGGAUAACACUGUGCAGGAAAUCGCGGAGCCAAAAAGUACACCUGAAGGCAAUUAUGAAAUAACAUAUUUUUAUUUAAAUCUGAAAUAUGUAAUAAAAAUGCCUUUGGAAGAAGAAUUUGCUUAUGAACUGCUUAUAGAGGAAGUAAAGAAGCAUGAGUUCUUGUACAACAAAGCACACCCAGAUCAUCAUAUACGUCCACUAACUCUACAAACAUGGACGUCAAUUGCUUCUGCCCUUGGAGAAUCCGUGCAGGAAUGCAAAUACCGAUGGGUCUUUUUGCGAAGGCGCUUCAUGGAAGAAUAUGCUAAAAUAAAUCAGGCAAUGGAAGAAGAAUACAAGUCAGAUUGGAAAUUUUUUGAUGCAAUGAUUUUUUGGCAAGGUUUCAUCAACAACAAUCACAACUACCUUGAAAGACUCAAUGUUAUUUCGAAGAGAGAUUCCUACUGUCGUACAUGUCUAUGCACCCUCUCAGAUUUGGCCGACAAGAUGGAAUUUCCAAGCGAAACUUACAAUUUAUUUAAUACUGAGAAUUUAGAUGUAAAGUUAAGGGAGUGUACAAAUUUAAAAUGCGUCCCUUGGGAUGAUUACCCGCAUUUGGUGUGUGAAAAAUGUUUCAAAAAAAUUUUGGAUUUUCAUAGCUUUCGAUUAAUGUGCCACAAAUCAAUAGAAAAGUUCAAUGAAAUGAAAGCAAGGCUAAUUGAAAUGAAUUGCGAUGUCACAGAAUCAGAAUCACAGAUUUCAAGAGAUGCCUCAGUUUUGUCCCCGAUAAAUGAAGAAACUUUUUGUGAAAAUUCCUAUAGAUCUGUGGAGAGUACACAGUCCGAUGAAGACGAAACGGAAAAUUGUCUUGAUCCUCUGGCAGAACAAGACAAUCAGUUGAAUCAGCAUUUGAAAAAGAGCAAAGAUAUGGAGAAGACAUUGGUAAGAGAGAAUACCGAUAUUAGCACCUUUAAAGACAAAUGCGCUUUGAAUAUUGUUACAAAUCCAAGCGAUGAGGUGUUGGAGCCUACUAUAAAGAUUGAACAUGAACAUGAUUACUGUUUACCCUAUAAAGAUAUAUCGGAAUACGAUAAGGAGUUGGAGCCCCCGGCAAAGGUGGAAAAACAUGAUGACUACGCGCCCGAUGAAGACAUUUCGGAAUGCGAUUCGCCUACGAGUGAAGAUUCCGAUGCAAACUACGAAGAAAAAAAGAUCAGAAGAAGUCGCUUUGCAUGCGAUUUAUGUUCGAAAACAUUUCGCUAUCGCCAUCGUUUGGAGGCCCAUGAUCGAAAGCAACACCGGGGCUUAAAAGCGUAUCCUUGUACUUUUGCGAAUUGUAAUCGUGGCUAUAACCGCUUGGGUGAUCUUCGGCAUCAUAUCAACAAUCAUAAUGGCAUUCCUAAUAUUUAUAAAUGUAAAAUUGAUAAUUGUAACAUGGAGUUUACUUGUUUUUCUGGUCUAAGCAAACACAAAAGGAAACAUCAUAAAUGGGGAAAAGAACUGCAGAAAUACACUUGCGAGACAUGUGGCAAAGUACUAACAAAUCCCCGAUCACUAAAGGGCCAUCGUUAUCUUCACUUGGAUAAGUCUCAGUGGCCAUAUGUAUGCGACGAAAAGGAUUGCACUAGGAGAUUUCGUUUUAAAAGUGAGCUGGCUGUGCAUAAAAAGCGGCAUGCUGGCAUUAAAAAUUAUGUAUGUCCCCAUUGUGGACUGCGUUAUACCACAUCCACUGAAUUGAAAAAUCAUGUUAAUUUUCAUACAUUCGAAAAGAAGUAUCCCUGUGAGAUUUGCGGAAAAGUCUUCAAGGGUGUGGGGAUGAAGGGCAUUCAUGUCAAUAGGGUACAUAAGGGUAAAAAACCGCCAGAGCCAUUUGCCUGUUCAUUUUGUGAUCGGCGAUUCGCCGGGCGGCAAGCCAAGAACCUCCAUGAAAUGUCUCACACAGGCGAGAAACCAUUUUCCUGUCUUGAAUGUGGUAAAACUUUCCGCACGCAGCAAUCGAAGAAAUACCAUGAAAUGACUCACACAGGCGAGAAACCAUUUUCCUGUCUGGAAUGUGGCAAGUCCUUCACAAGCCCCUCCGGUCUGUAUGUGCAUAAAACUACACACGUGAAAGUCGAAAACAAACAUGUUUGCGAAAUAUGUGGUAAAAAAUUUAAGUGGCAUGCAGGCCUAAAACGGCAUCUGAAAUUGCAUUCAGACGUUUCUAUGCCAAGUGAUGAAUGUGACAAAGGAUCCAAGAAACCCCAUCAUGAUGAUAGUAUCAGUGUAAUGGAGAACAUUGUGCAGGAAAUUGAGGAAACAGAUAGUCCCACGGAAGACGAUUAUGAAAUAACAUACAUACAAUACAGUCCAUUGGAUGUGAUGGAUACCCCUACCUGAGCAAAGUAUAGCAUUUUCUAAAUAGGAGCAUUAUCUUAAUACAUAUACAAAUGAUUUUUUUAUGGAUGAAAUCUAGAUUUUAUUUGGAUUGAAGAAAAUACAAAUAAAAAAAAAUUUAUAAUAAACUAAA